AGGAUAAUGGGAGCCAGCGAAAGAAAGAUGUAUGAAGCAGGAGGUGUAGCAUAAAGUGUGUGUUGAUUGUGAUUGGAGGUAUCAGUGUGAAUUUGUGGUCUCUAACACACAGAUAGUUACCGUAAUAGAUAAAUGACUAUAUCAAUGACUAUAAGAGGUCCCGUCUCCUUGUGUAUUCACUGUUUUCUUUUUGGUUGAGUUGCACGUUCAUUUUCUUUUGUUUGUUUUUCUACUGAGGCUACUUUUUUUCUUACGGAUUUAGAAGUCUUAAUGCUGGUUGAUCAUCUCUAAUCUGAAAGUGCAAAAACCUGAAAUAUUACAAAAAUCUAAAAGUUUUUAGGAGCUGAUAUAUCAGAAGUGGAUAAUUCUACAUUUGACUUCAUGUGAUAGAUUGCAAUCAAAAUGUACGUCACUGAAAAUAUUGGAUAAAAUUGGCUUCAGGUUAUGUGUUAAAGAUAGAUAUGAGACAUAAGUGAGUUUUGAGUGUAGACUUGGGUCAUUGUGUAUAUGCGGAUAUUCCAAACUCUGAAAAACAUCUGAAACACUUGCAGUCUUGGACAAGGGUCAUUUGACAUUUCAUACAGAUGCUGAUUAAUGGUGCCAUUUUAUUUGGUUAUAAUUCUGUGAUUUUGGCAUGUAGGCGGGACCAGCCUCGCUAGACAGUUCUUUCACUCCACACAGUACCGGUCGUUUCCUCAGCUGGCAGCAGGGCUAGCGGGGGGCCGCAGGGAAGCCGGCUGCCCAGGAGCAGGUGUGAUACAGGUGCUGGUUAGCGUGAGAGGCUCGUUCAGCGUGACCGCUGCUUUACAAGGAAGUCACUGUGGCACAGGGUGCUUUCCCCCAUGACGUUCUCUAACUGCUCUCUGUAGGUGGCAGGUUCACAGUCAGAGCAGUUUGUGUUCGUAACGCGCCAGGCAGGUGCGGCGGCUGCUCCAUCAGUCAGGGGAAUAUUUGACAGAAUUUUUCGGGUGAGUAACUACUCGAGUGAAUGAGUUAGAUGGAAACGACAGGAGGGCUCUGAGUAGAAAGGAAAAGAAUACGGAGUGGCUGGGAGACAUCGCGGCAGCCGGUCGCGGACGAGCGAGAGUGAAGUAGAGUGGGGCAGUGUGAUGUGGUCAGAGAGGCCAGAAUGGCCCCUGUCGUGUGGAAUGUGGGGCUUCCAGGGCCGGGGUGUCCUCGGGGGCUGCUGAGGAGCAGCUCUGAGAGCUGAGGGUCGGGCGGUCCUGGGAACAGGUCACUCGGGACACCAGCCCUGAUGCCAUGCACACUUGGGGGUGUGCCCCGGCUACCAGCCCAGGCGCACGUCUGCAGUUUCUCUCCCUUCGCGUCCUUCGUACAAAAAGCCGUGCUGCUAACGGGAGCCGUUGCGAAUUAAACGAUCAACAACCCGUAGGACGCGCUAGCACACUGCUCGCUCCUAAGUACUUCCUUUGAGUCAGUUCCUUCGUCUCAUCAGAGCCCUAUACGAGCAGUUGCUGUAACCAGAGCUGGGGAACCUUUUCUUCUGCCCAGGGCCGUGUGGGUAUUUAUAACGUCAUUUGUGGGCCUUGCAGAGUUGUCAGCUUAGAAAUUAGUCUGCUGCAGAUUUGUUCCAUUUCGAGUCCCGCCCACAGUUGCCUUGGCAGGGCGGGUCAUGUAUAUGGCCCGUGGGUGGGAUGUUCCCCAUCCCUGCCGUAGACAACGCAAGGAGAGGCCGGCAGGUUCUCAUAUUAGAGGAUGCAUCCCAGUCGUUAGGUCCCCUGUGGGUGGGGCUGGUGGAUUCAGGAGGUGUUGCUGUGGAUUCAUUCUGAGAGGAAGAGCGUGGUGGGGCGAGAGGCGCAGAGUCACCACACAGACCCCGGGAGUCAGAUGAAAGCAGGCCUGAGACAAGCAGCCCACAGACUCGUCUAUUUCAGUUGGUACAGCAGCUUAUAUAGCCAAAGCAGCCAAUCUGGUCAAGGGGCGGUCUAUGCCCUAACCAAUCACAGCCUGUUGCCAGGCAGUUUCCAAAACCAUCCAAUCACAGCCUGUUGUCAGCCAGGCUCCUUUGUCAUGUGGUUUCCAAAACCAUCCAAUCACAGCCUGUUGCCAGGCAGUUUCUGUUGCCAGCGGCCAUCUUGGCAUGGCCUUCUCACCACCACAAGGAGAUUUGGCAGCUGCACUUGGCAGAAGACUCCAUGUCAAAGCAGAGCACAUCUGACGAAGAGCCGCCCGGUGAAGUGAAGACAGGGAGGCUGACGAGGGAGGAUCCCUGGGUGUCUGUGUGUGCAGAGGCCCGUGAUGGCACGGCCCCGCUGCAGAAGCGCCGGGAAAAGCAGGAUCGACUUUUGCAGGAAGUGGCGCUCACCCAGAGGAAAGCUGUUACCCACGCAGGAGUCUGCGAGCAGGCCGAAGUCGGCGAGAGCGGGCUGGAGUCCCGUCUGCUGCUGCUCCCAGGGCUGCCUGCAGGGAACCAUUUCUGUAAACACGGGUCGUGUGACACAGACGUGCAUCCUGCUUCUGUUGCAGACGGUUACCAGGAGAGCAAUGACAGCGAGACCCUGUGUGAGCAGAGUGAGUGGGGCAGACACGCCGAGGGCGUUCACGUCAUUCAGUUUACAAGAACGCCCACAAAAGAUAAAGCCCGUGGGCUUAGAGACAGCUUUCAGUCUCUUAGCCACGCUGUGCCCCUGCACAGGCAGGAGAACAUCUGCGCAGGAGGGGAAACCUUGGGUUUCCAGGAAUGUGGGCAAGUUUUGAACCGCAGCCCGCCCCGCAAGGAACAACAGGGAGUCCCUGGGGAGGGGAGUCGGCGUGCGUGUGCUCAGGUCUCCCCGAGCUCCCCUCCUGCUCAGCACGGGAGGAGUCAUUCGGACGAGAAGCCUUUUGAGUGUGGGCAGUGCGGCAAGGCCUUCAGUUGGAGCUCCCACCUGGUGGCGCACCAGCGCACGCACACCGGGGAGAAGCCCUACGCGUGCGGCCAGUGCGGCAAGGCCUUCAGCCGCAGCUCCCACCUCGUGUCCCAUCAGAGGACUCACACCGGCGAGAAGCCCUACCGCUGUCCCCAGUGCGGCAAGGCCUUCAGCCAGAGCUACGUGCUGGUCGUGCACCAGAGGACGCACAGCGGGGAGCGGCCCUACGCGUGCGGCCAGUGCGGCAAGGCCUUCCGGCAGAGCUACAAGCUCACGGCGCACCAGAGGACGCACACGGGCGAGAAGCCCUACGAGUGCGCCCAGUGCGGGAAGUCCUUCAUCCAGAGCUACAAGCUGAUCGCGCAUCAGAGAGUGCACACCGGCGAGCGGCCCUACGCGUGCGGCCAGUGCGGCAAGGCCUUCAGCCAGAGCUACAAGCUCGUGGCGCACCAGAGGACGCACACGGGGGAGAGGCCCUUUGAGUGCAACGAGUGCGGCAAGUCCUUCAGCUGGAGCUCCCAGCUCGUGGCGCACCAGCGCACGCACACCGGGGAGAAGCCCUACGCGUGCGGCCAGUGCGGCAAGUCCUUCAACCGCAGCUCCCACCUCGUCAUGCACCAGAGGACGCACACCGGCGAGAAGCCCUACGCCUGCGGCCAGUGCGGCAAGGCCUUCAGCCAGAGCUACGUGCUCGUGGUCCAUCAGAGGACGCACACGGGGGAGAAGCCCUACGCGUGCAGCCAGUGCGGCAAGGCCUUCAGGCAGAGUUCCUGCCUCACCCAGCAUCAGAGGACGCACACCGGCGAGAAGCCCUACGCGUGCGGCCAGUGCGGGAAGACGUUCAGCCUGAGCGCCCGACUCAUCGUGCACCAGAGGACGCACACCGGCGAGAAGCCGUUCACCUGCGGUCGGUGCGGGAGGGCGUUCAUCAACAGCUCCAAGCUGCUGCGGCACCAGGUGACUCACACGGAAGAGAAAGCGGCCGGCUGACUAGUUUGGGCGGCGUCAGCCCGAGUUCGUUCCUUCCCCUUAUUCUUCCUCAACACCUGUUCUAAGGGUGCACCUCGCGGAAAGAAGGGGAUAAAAGCAGUGUGUGGAAAACACGCAGUGUCCUGUGACUGGUGUCUGGGAGUUCAUGUGAAGAAGGGCAAAGCCUACCAGGUGCAGAUUUUAAUGCAGCAAUUCCACGUAGCGAAUCAGACGUGGCCCCGUGACACUUCCCUGCAAGAGCGAUGCACAGCGGCACGCCUCCUUGCCGAGAGCCCUCUGCCUGACCCGAGAGAGAACCGGCUGGCGUGCGGUGGUGGCCAGCGGGGCAGGAGUGGGAUGCUCACCCUGCCGGGCUCGCUGGGAACCACGGGAGAGUGCUGCGGUCCAUAGCACUUAGGCUGGGAAACCGUGUCUCAGUGCGGCGUGCCCAUGGCUUCCCCGUCAGGAUUCCUACAGCACUUCCUGUCCUAGGUGAAGAUGUUGUAAAAUGCAAGACAGGGAUCUAGAAGUAGUAGUCAUUUCAGGAAGCAUUAUGUGAAAUGUUUGUGGACCACAGUUGAAAGCGAUUAUAGGUGUGUGUCUGUGUUUGUUUUAUGUCGGGUCUGUCUGUUUGGAAUGUAUGCUCUUUUUGCGAAACUAAAUGGUAUGGUUAGUAAAAAAAAUUAGUUUAAAAUAAAAAGGAAACACAAA